CAACCUAGUGUUUUUCAACCAAACAUCCCUAACUUACUGCGAUCUGCCUGGCCGGUUUCUAACGGGACUUUAUUCCUUCCGUCUACAAUGUCUUGUUUACGUAAAAGUCCCAAAAAGAGGACAAAAUCUCAGGAGCAAAUAUAUCAAGAGCAGUGCAAAAAGACUGCGCAACAUAAUGGAAAACUAAUAGGGUUAGAGGGCGAUGCAGACCUGGAGUUCCUGUUGGUGGGCGGCGAGCUGCAGAAAGUGAGGUCAAGCUCGUGGAAGAAGGGCCGCUUCUACAAGCUGCAGGAGGACUGCAAGACCAUGUGGCACGAGUCCCACAAGACCUUCAAACGCACCCAGACCUUCUCCAUUGAUGACAUUGAGGCAGUGCGUCAUGGCCGGCAGUCAGAGGGGCUUCAGAAGCACAUAGACCCAAGUGUGGAGGAACUCUGCUUCUCCAUCAUCUUCAAGGGCCGGCGCAAGAACCUGGACCUCAUAGCCAGCUCUGCCGAGGAGGCCAAGCGCUGGGUGACCGGCCUGGAUAAAGUAAUCACCAACAUGCGUGGCCUCAACCGACAGAAGACCAGUGAACAUUGGAUCUUCAACUGCAUGCGCAAAGCGGACAAGAAUAAAGACAACAAGAUGACCCUGAAAGAGCUGAAGCACUUCCUGCGUCAGAUAAAUGUUGAAGUGGACGACACGUACGCCGAAGAACUCUUCAGCAAAUGUGACAAGUCGAACUCGGGCACCCUGGAGGGCUCAGAGAUCAAGCACUUCUACGACAUGCUGACGCACCGCGAGGAGAUCGACGUGAUCUACGGGAAGUAUGCGCAGAUGGACGGCCAGAUGAGCGCCGUCAACCUGCUGGACUUCCUGCUGAACGAGCAGAGAGCGAGCGCCACCAUGGAACACGCCAUCAAACUCAUUGAAAAGUAUGAGCUCGAUGACUCAGCCAAGCAGAAGAAGCAUAUGACCAAAGACGGUUUCCUGAUGUAUCUGCACCAAGAGGAGGGGCUUAUCUUCAACCACGCCCACAAAGAGGUGUACCAGGACAUGACUCAGCCCAUAAACCAUUACUUCAUCUCCUCCUCUCACAACACCUACCUGAUGGAGGACCAACUCAAAGGGCCCAGCAGCACAGAAGCCUACAUCAAGGCGCUGAUGAAGAGCUGUCGCUGUGUGGAGCUGGACUGUUGGGACGGACCCAACGGAGAGCCCAUCAUCUACCACGGCUACACGCUCACGUCCAAGAUCCUCUUCAAAGACGUCAUCAAGGCCAUUAAAGAAUACGCCUUCAAAACCUCGGAGUACCCGGUCAUCAUCUCCCUGGAGAACCACUGCACGUUGGAGCAGCAGAAGCUCAUGGCCCAGCACAUGGUCUCCAUCCUGGGGGACGCCCUGCUCACGCAGCCCCUGGGGGACCAGAUGCCCUCAUGCUUCCCAUCACCAGAGGAGCUGAAGGGGCGCUUUCUGAUCAAGGGCAAGCGGCUGAACAAACUGGAUGCUGCCUUCAACAACAACAGCGCCGUGGAGGACGACAGCGUGUCUGAGGAGGACGAAGCGGCCGACUGCAAAGAGAACGGCCAGAAGCCCAAAAACAAGAAAUCCAAGAUUAAGCUGGCGAAGGAGCUCUCUGACUUGGUCAUCUACUGCAAGAGUGUGCACUUCAGUGGCUUUGAACAUGCUCGCGAUAGCCUUGCCUUCUACGAGAUAUCCUCCUUUAAGGAGAGUAAAGCUCUCAACUUGGCAGAUUCAUCAGCCACAGCCUACAUUCACCACAACAUGGACAAGCUCAGCAGAAUCUACCCAGCUGGCUCUAGGACCGACUCGUCCAACUACAACCCUGUGCCUCUGUGGAAUGCUGGCUGCCAGAUAGUGGCCCUGAACUUCCAAACGCCCGGUAAGGAGAUGGACCUGAACCAAGGCCGCUUCCUGCCCAACGGGAUGAGCGGCUACGUCCUCAAGCCCGAAUUCCAGAGGGACCCAGCCUCCCAGUUUGACCCCAAGUCCCUCCAGAAAGGCCCAUGGUACAAGAAGAAGACUCUUCACCUCAUGGUGAUCUCAGCCCAGCAACUGCCCAAGCUCAAUAAGGACAAGUGCAAGUCCAUCGUGGACCCCCUGGUCAGGGUGGAGAUCAUUGGCGUCCCGGCUGACGCUGCAACCAAAGAGACGCACCACCUUAACAAUAAUGGCUUCAACCCCAUGUGGAAUGAGAACUUCAAGUUUAAUGUGCACGUGCCUGAGCUGGCCAUGGUGCGCUUUGUGGUGGAGGACUACGACUCCACAUCCCCGAAUGACCUGAUUGGUCAAUACUGCUUGCCCUUCACCAGUCUACAGCUAGGUUACCGUCACAUUCCACUGCUCACCAAGAGAGGUGACAUCAUAGCCUCCGCCGGACUUUUUGUGCACCUCAUGGUUCUGGAUGCAGAGUAAAGCUGGACCAACAUCUAAAGUCCAAAGCUCAAUGCAGAGACAAUCAGACGUGCUUCGCCAUUGUAUCUUAAUAUCCCUCUAUUUGUACUGGCGAGGCAAAAAUAUGCCAAAUUAUUAUAUGAGAGUUGCAUAUUACAGUGUAUUGGUAAAUGGCUUGAACCUUGUUAAAAACAUAAUAGGGGAAGUGAUCUGAACUCACUUCAGAGAAAGUGUAAAAACGUUCACAGAACGCAUCAGGAGGCAAUGCAGUAAAGUGGUUUGUCAGAUUGGUUUAAUUAUCAUUUAAAUGAAUACAUGCAAGUCAGUGGACGUUUAUGACUCACUGCAGUAAGCAUUUAAAAGGCCAAAAAUUGUCUAGUACUUAAAUGAGUCAUCAUAUACAUGUUUUAUAUUAAUACUAAAUGUUUUAUUUUGCUCUUGAAAUAGGGAGAGUCAUUUGUGUCAAGGCCAAAAUAGACAAAAUUCCCACAACAAAGGCACCUACUGAAGUCAUGGAAAGUGACUCAAUGGCUGUCCAGCUAGAUGAACUUAGGCUCAGUGUGCCUUCAGACAGCAUAACAUGCAUGUACUCUUAAACAGCUACACAGCAUUUAAACAGGGGCAACCAAAGCUGAUUAUGAGGAGCUGUGAGGUUAAUUGUCAGGUCUUUCUGAGUAAGAUUAUGCUAUUGGAGGUAAAAGUUUAUAUAAUUUAACGUAGGAUGUGUGUGAUCAUGCUAUUAGCUAUAAUUGUCUGCUAUUCUUUGCUUUCUGACUGUGUAAAGCACAUUGAUAUGCCUUGUGUGUGAAAUGUGCUAUACAAACAAAAACAGCCCAAUCUUGCCUUUAUGUAUAGACACAAUCCACAACUUCUGCUUUCUGUUAAUAAUAUAAAUAAUGUUGAUGUUUCUAAAUGUUCACAAGAUUGCCCUCUGGUGUCUGAAAUGAGUAAUGCUUAUGCAAUGGGAUGUCUGACUGGACUUGUUAUGGGUCCUAAUGUUUAUGGUUUAUCAGUAUUUGUGUGAAAUAUAAACAUUCUGUUUAAUUGAAAAUGCCUAAGAUGGAGGGGAAACACUGACAUUGCACAAUAUGUUGCAUUUAUAGUCAAGGUUUUUUUUAUGUUUUAUUUUACUUUAAAGAGUUAUUGUAAUAAUACUAACAUACAUCUGUAUCUGUAAAUACAUCAAACGUAUUGCAUUUUUGUUGUUGUUAUUGUUGUUGUGGUUCUCAGAAUAUCAUAUAUAUAUAUUUAACUUUUUAUGUUCUAUCUUGAUUUAACUGUAUGCGUUUUUACUUACUGUUAAGUGCCUUCUUUGGGAGUUUGGUUAAAGGACUUACAUUUUAGUAUCAGAUUUUCAAGUAUGUGCCUUUCCAUUUAGAUAAUUUCAAUAGAAAAUGUAUGAUGAAGUGCACUUGUCUAGAGGGGUCAUCAUAGAUUUACAAUUUACAAGAGUAUAUUUACAUGCCAUUCUCACUCAGUAAACAAUGUAUGUAUGUAUGUAAAGGUUCUUUAAAGCAA